AUGAGAAGUACGGUAGAUAUGCAAGACGACACGAGCUUUCGACCAGAACCGCAUACCACCUGCACGGAACCACCGAGUUCUGCAAAACGAAGUGUAACAUCUUUGGAGAGCACCGAGGCCCUGCGCAGCCAGAACCCGGAUCUGUAUCCAACCUCAGACGUCAUGCUGCUCGAACAGGAUGACCGGAGCGGGUCGAAUACGUCGACCCCAAUCCCCUCGUCGAGACCGACUCUUGGUACCGAUGGAAUCUCACCGGUCUUUCUGGAUGAGAUACGGAAGGUUAUCAGGCAAGAAGUCAUCGAAGCCACGCAAAGGGGUCAGCCAACCAACAUCGCUAGCAAGCUCUCCUAUUCUAGCACCUCGGACUCGAAUGACUCCUCAACUAUUCCGAGUCCGGCCAGUGUUUCUUCAGUUCCCUCUGCCCCGAGUCCGAAUGCCGCUACAUCAGCGGAUGGUGCGCAGCCAGGAGUCCGCGUCAGUGAACGUGAACCGCCUCGGAGUACCCCGAUGCGCCCUGCCACAUAUAGACGAUCUAGCUCAAAUAGAGAGCCAGUGUCUGAAUGGGGCUACCUCUUUGACGGGAAUGGCGACUCAACUCAUCGUUGGGACGACUUCCUGGGAGCACUGGCCCGCCGUAUUAUUGACGAGUUUACCCCGAAAGGUAGUCUGGUGAUCACACCGGAGAAGCUCGAGACACUGUACACCAUGUUCCGCCUUGAUUCGGAGAAAAUUCCAUUCGCAGACAUCUUCAAGCCCGAUACGAACGACGACCUUGAUCAUAUUGCCGACUUCUACAGCGACCUGGGCUGUCAGUACCAUCUUGUGCAAGCCAAUACUCGCGCGAGACCUCGAGUUCCCGCUUUGACGGCAGUCGGCUUUGUCCAGUACUUUACAACUUGCGUCUUCGCCCAUCCCGAUGAAGAGUCUCGUCGCCUCGACAAGAUCGUUGCGGAUAUUCCCUUGGCGCUUGGUAGUACUGGACCCGAUAACAGGACCGAGAAGCUGCCACGACAGUUCUUCCGCAGUCUGCUACCCGUCAAACCCGACCCUACCGGAGCGAAGACGUUGACUGCAGCCAUGGACGGUCUUAUGCACAGCCUGAGACAAUCGGCAAUCCGUCAGAACACUUCUUCAGCGUCUGCGCAGCAAGGCUUAGAAAAGGCAAGCACCGUCACGACGUAUCGCGCAACCCGACAGCGCCUGGCGCCCGAGGUCCUAUACGGCAGUUCCAGUUCAGAUCGGUACAAACCCGAACCACCAGAAGCCAAAUCCGGUCGUCGGCGGUUCAACCCAAGCGCCCUGCAGACGAUCGGUGACGAGGCCGCGAUGGAGAACUAUCAUCACGAGGGACGGCAGGACCGCCACGAGUUCCACCGGAAGCUUUCCCAGAGCGGUGACGCAGAGACCACCAAGACGCCACGGCCUGCUCAUGACGAGCAGAUGGCCUCGCCGACAACGCGCCCUGGUAUGGCAAGUAGAGAACGCUCCAACUCCUACUUCUCGUACUCCACCAACCCGCUGCCGAUCCCGGCGCCGCCGGUCGGCAGCGCCGCGACGUCGCCCACAACGACGUCGACGUCGUCGUCGCACCGACGAUCUCGCAGCCCGCAACACCAGGGGUAUCGGGCGUCGGCACCCGGCGUGCCGUCUUCUUCCGCGACUGCUGGAUCUGGAUCUGGAUACACGCCCUCGAAGUACGCGCCCGCGCCCGAGCAUGGGGCUCUGGUGCGUCGAGCAUCGGAUCAUACGUCGAGCGAAGACUAUACUCACCCCCCCCCUCCAGCCCCAGCACCGGCCCCGGCCCCGGCUCCCGCUCCGAAAGCGGUCACCUGGACCGAGCCGGUGGGCGUCGUGGCGACGCUGACGACGAUCCAGGACUCGGACGCUGGGUUGAGUAGGAGACAUGAGCGGCAGCAUCAUCACCGGCGACGUAGCACGGCGCCGCCUGUGGAUGAUAGGGGACCUACUUGGGAGGAGGUGCUGAAGUCGCAGAAGGCGGGCGGGGGUGGGAGUGGGAAGCAUGGGGGGAAUGGGAGUCGGGGGUAUAGUUUUGGGCACUGA